GCGCCAGAUGCUGAGGGCUUUUUAGAUACCCGACGGUAAAGUACGGCGAUGGUGUUCUAUGGGCUGACAAAGGCCGCGAAGCUUUGCUGAACUCUUCCACCAUUCGAAUCGAGGCAUUUCUGCAGUCGCCGACGAUACGAGGAUUUUAAUUGUAGUGAUAUAGUGUACGGUGUGAUUGAUCGUGAAGUUUAAGUGCUAUGGACUGAUAUUUGCAUUGGAAACAUAAAGGUUCAGCAGCAGUUGCCGUGCGGAUAUGCUGAAGGAGCGCGAGGGCACGUCGUCGCCCUGCUCGAGCUUGGGCGGCUCGUCGGGCGUCGAGGCGUCGACGUGCGCCGGGUGCGGGGAACGCAUCCACGACAGAUAUUAUCUAUUGGCGGUCGAUAGACAAUGGCACGCGUCGUGUUUGAAGUGCUGCGAAUGCAAAUUGCCGCUCGACUCCGAUCUCACCUGCUUCGCCAGGGAUGGCAACAUCUAUUGCAAGGAGGAUUAUUAUAGGAUGUUUGCAGUAACGAGAUGCGGCAGAUGCCACGCCGGCAUAUCGGCCAACGAAUUGGUAAUGCGAGCCCGGGACCUGGUCUAUCAUCUUCACUGCUUCUCCUGCACGUCCUGCGGCGUGCCGCUAUCCAAAGGCGACCACUUCGGCAUGCGGGAGGGUUUGAUAUACUGCAGGCCGCAUUACGAGCUACUGGACUUCUGCGACCCCCACGAUCCGAUGGAGGUUAUGUACAACAGCGGCGGAUCCCCGGGGUAUUACCCUUCGAACACGCCGCCGCAGCACACCAAGGGCCGCCCGAGGAAGAAGAGGAUCGUCGCCGAAGAGGAAGCUUCCUGCGGGGAGAUGCCUGUAACCAUGAGAAUGGCCGCCGCUACUUUAGAAAUGCUGCAACAGGGCGAGCUGUCUUCGUCGAUGGAAUCCCUCUCGUACGAUUCCUCGGUGACUUCACCAGCCUCGAACAACGGCCACCAAACGCAGAGGACCAAAAGGAUGAGGACGUCCUUCAAGCACCACCAGCUCAGAACCAUGAAGACCUAUUUCGCGAUCAACCAGAACCCGGACGCUAAGGAUCUGAAGCAGCUGGCGCAGAAGACGGGUCUAUCGAAGCGGGUGCUACAGGUGUGGUUCCAAAACGCAAGGGCCAAAUGGCGGAGGAAUAUAAUGAGACAAGAAGGGAGUAAUAACAACAAUAAUGUACCGUCGCAGUGCCCCAAUGGGCCCCCGUCUGCGGGAUCCACCGGCAUGGAAGGUACGAAUUUAUCGCACCAAUCCAUCGACGAUCUCCAUCAUCACAUGCACUCGCAAAAUUCGCAGACUUUAAGUUUCAGUGAUAUAUACUAAUUCGUUUCUGCGCGAUUGGCCGAGUAUUGUUGAGUUUGAUUUUCCACGUUAGCGUUUAGAACUUACACGAAAUGUUCCUUUUUAUAUAGUGAUAAUUUAAUGGUUCUUAGGUAUUAUUUUAACAACGUCAUUACUACAAUUUAAAUCGAUGUAAAUAUGUUUUUUAGAGUUUAAUGUCUGCAAUUAAUGUGCAA